AUGAUUGGAAGAAAGUGGCAAUGAAUGAUAAAGCCAUCAACUUCAUUCAUUGUGCACUUAACGAGCAUGAUUAUAUGAAGAUCUCUACAUGUGAAACCGCUAAAGAGAUUUGGGAUAAACUCCAAAUCACUUACGAAGGAGCCGACCACGUUAAAGAAUCAAAGGUAUUCAUGUUGGUUCAUGAAUGGGAAAAUUUCAAAAUGAAAGAUGAAGAGAGCAUUGAAGAAGCUCUUGAAAGACUCUCCAAGAUCUUCAACAAUCUAAGCAUGCUUGGUACAAAAUACAAUGAUAAACAAAUUGUGACCAAGGUGCUUACAAGCCUUACACCAAAAUGGAACUCCAAAGUGAACGCCAUUGUGGAAGGAAGGCUCUAUGAUCAACUUACUUUUGAUCAACUGCGAGGAAAUCUUCUCACCUAUAAAAUGACUAUGCUAAAUAGACAAAAAGGUGAAGAAAGCAAGAAGAAGAGUCUCGCCCUUAAAACAACAUCACUGCAAGAAGAAAGUGAUGAUAAUGAAGAAGAAGGAGAUGAAGAAUUUGCACUUUUGUUGAAAAGAUUCAAUAAGUUUGCAAUGAAGAAAAACUUCAAGAGCAAAACAAAGGUACCAAAAUGCUAUUAGUGUGGAGAAGUUGGGCACAUCAAACCCAAUUGUCCAAAACUUCAAAAGGAGGACAAAAACAAGAAAUUUAAGAAGAAGGAGAAAGCGUACAUAUCAUGGGAGAACAAGGAUGAAUCCGACUCCGAUGACAACGAGGUUGCAAAUCUUUGCUUAAUGGCAAGCGAAGAAAAGGUUAGUAAUGACAACCCCACUUCUUUUAAUUUACAAGAUGAAUAUGAUGCCUUACUUGAGGUGUACACAAAACUUACCCAAGAUUAUUCUCUCCUAAAGAAA